AUGUCUCUUCAAAAUUAUACUGAAUUUCUUUUAGUUCUUCUCUUGUUUCAUUUGAAGUGUUCAGUGUUUGGUGAACAUCACGGCUUGGAUGGUUCUAGUACCAAAGGAAAUCCUCCAUCAUGCUCCAUUGCUUCCUUUCCAAAAAUUACGAAACAAUUACCAAACGGUGUAUAUCCCCUUUGGUCACAUAUUGUGCUUGAAUGUGAAGCUUCAGGGCAUAAUGUUAGUUAUCGUUGGAAAGUAAAUGGCAAAGAUAUCUCACCUCACGAAACUCGGGUCGUAUUAAAUGACUUGAGAAAUAUAAUCAUAAUAAAAAGUCAGCAAGAUGACAUUGUUGAAUAUCAAUGUUUUGCCGAGAAUGAAUUCGGCACUGCAUCGUCGAAUCCGAUAUUUUAUCGUAAGCCAUCCCUAAAUAUAAUGGAAAAUAAGUCAAUAUCGGUUCAAAAAGGCAAACCAUUUAAGCUUCAGUGUGUGCCGGAUGCAUGGCCAAAGCUAAAAACCAACUGGGCAAUACCGACUUGGGAUAAUCCAACCGAAAAUGUACAUAUCACCAAAGGACCGAAUGGAACUUUAUACAUUUCCAAUAUGAUUCACACUGAUAUGGAAUUCUCGUGUACAGUUUCGUUGUUAAUCUUUUCAACGCAAAUCAUGUUUGAUAUAAAUAUAAUUGAAAGUACGGUUUCAACUGAAAACGCGCCAAUAUUACAAUGGGUCGAUAAGAAUGUGUUCGCCGUCGUGAAUGAAACGUUUGAGAUAUUUUGCAUUUAUGGUGGACCAGUGCUUUUGACCACCACUUGGCGGAGAAAUGGAGUGGACAUAUUGAAUGACCGAAUACAAUUGGGAGCAAACAAUAAGUCGUUGAUUUUUAACGCGGUGACAUAUGAUGACGAAGACACAUACACCUGCGAAGUGUCGAACAAUUUCACGAAAAUUUAUCAUGAAAUUGACUUGACGGUAAAUUCCGCUCCUCGUUUUGAAUACACAUCCAGUGACACGACCAAUAAUGAAGGUGACACGUUCGAAUUUCGUUGUAUUGUGAAAGGAAAACCAAAACCAAGCAUAUACUGGUUUUACAAUGGCGAACCACUCAACAUGGCCAUGGCAAACAUGAACAUUGACGAUGACUCUUUAAAUAUUGAUAAAGUGAGCGUGCAUAACAUGGGCAUUUAUGGAUGUUUGGCCAAAAAUGACAUUGGUUACAUUUAUCAUGAAAUUAAGCUAUGUGUUAAUGUUACAAUGACAACUAAAUCAACUGUAGCUACUAAUUCACAGAUAAUUCAAUUUGUUCCUUAUCAAAAUCCAGAUGAUGUGCAUGCAAUAAAACUAAAACCAUCCGGUUUCAUUAUCAGCUGGACUUCCGUGCAACAAAAAAUUGAAUUUUUUUAUCGUGUCUAUUGGAAACCAGAUUUCAUAAGUGAAUCAUGGAAUGUAAUAGACAUUAUAGAUGUGAAUCAAAAUUAUGUCAUCGUUCCAAAUCAAGUGUUUAAUAAACCGUAUCGCUACAAAGUGAUCUGUGCCAAUGCAAAUGGUGAAUCGAGUGCAGAGCACCAGGAACAUGUUAUUCAAUCGGAUUGCAAUUUUCAAGCAUUUCCCUUGGGAUCAAGGGCAUUGUUAGUACAAUGGCAGAAAUCGACAGGGCACAAUUUGAGCUACACAAUUUCAGUUGGGAUGAAAACAAUUCAUGUUAAUUCCAUAAAUCAAACCAAAGUGACAGGGUUGCACUCAAACGGGAUUUAUCGAUUGAGUCUCAGAUAUGACAAUGCAUCGAUGCAACAAAAAGAUUGCAUUAUUGAAAGUCGAACACGAAAGUCGAACACGAGAUCACCAUCAGUUCGACCAGAUAAGCCAUCGUUUACAUGGAGACAAUGGCAGAGAGCAAUAAAAGUGACAUGGAUGCCAAAUGUUUACGGUAAUCCUGGUGCGAAUUUCUACGUCAAAUUUCGAGAAAAUGGACAAAAUUGGACAUCAACUGACGUCAUUACCGAUGACGAUUUUAAGAUAAUUCAUGGACUUUCAACCGGAAUCUAUGAAUUUGCUGUUGUUUCACUGAAUGAGGAUUUUAAAGCCACAUCAAGUGAUGUUCAGAAUGUUGAAAUCGUCAAAAUUGAAAUGGCGAAGAAAAAGAACCUUUAUGAACUUGAAGGGAGUGAAAUGGAGUUCAAUUGUUCAGUGCGAAACACUUACCUAUUGCCAAUGAAAAAAGAUUUGACCAUGGAGUGGAAUUGGCCAAAUAAAACUGCUAUAAAAAGAGAAAGUCGUGUAAAAGUUUUGGAUCCGUUAAAGGAGAAUUGUGCAUCGAAUGAGAAUGGACGAGAGAAAUGCGAUUUAAUUUAUCGUUUAAUAGUGAAAAAUGUGAAUAAAAACAAAGACCAAGGACUUUAUCGAUGCACCCUCAAAGAUGAUGAAUUUAUCAUCGAUUCGGCGACACUAAAUGUCACCAAUAUAUUGGCAAUUUGUGAUACAUUCGUGAACAUAACAUUACGAUCGGGUGCAAAUUCGACACUCAGUUCGAAUGAGUCGUCUGUGACAUGGAUUGCGGAAAUAUUUGGUUAUCCCAAUCCAUCAUUCAGUUGGUAUUCGAACAAUGGUGAUGAGAUUCCAUGGGAAUCGAAAAAUAAUACAAAUCUUUCAUUCACGAGCACCGAACACUGCAAAAUAAUAACGUUGACGAAGAGCAAUUUGACAGUGAGACAGUCCGGCAUAUACCCUUUGAUUGCAGAAAAUGGGCAUGUCGAGGAGAAAAAUAAAAAAAUCGAGAAAUUUAGCUUACAAAUUCAAGGUAAACCGGAAGUCGAUCUUCCGGACAUGGUUACGGUGAAACAAGGCGAACAAGCAAGUGUAAUGUGCAACAUUUUUGCAUAUCCAAAAGCAACAAUUGACUGGACAUUUGACUGCUCUUCGGGGGAUUUUUGCAGUGAUAUCAAUAGUUUGAAUUUCAGCACCACCGAAACUGAGUUUAAUCAAACCUCAAUUGUUAACUUUAUUCCGGACGAUUUGGGAAUAUUAACGUGUCGAUCAUACAACAAAUUUGGUAGCAGUCAAAAAUCAGUCAACAUAAAUGUUCAUGAUUUAAAUGAAGAAUUUGGCAUUUGGACCGACAAUGUUAUGCCGAUUGUGAUCGAUUAUGGCAUAUCAGUUGUAUGUGGUGCCGCAAAAUAUAAAUAUUCCGAUUUGAAUUGGUACAGAAAUGGCGAUUUGCUGAUCAAAAACAAAGGGACGGAUGUACGAAGUUUCUACUUUCUUCGGACACAUACUAUUUUUGCCAUCUUAAUUCUGGAGUUAGCCAUUCAAGCCUCGUCGAAAUUGUUGAAAUAA